AUGAGUGCAGGUAAACAGACAGACGUACUAAUUAUGGAUUUCUCUAAGGCUUUCGACAAAGUUGGUCACAGUCUACUCGUCCAUAAACUCGAACACUACGGAAUCAGAGGAAAUGUCAAUAGGUGGAUUGCUAGCUUCCUAUCACAUCGGACGCAAGCAGUAGUAGUGGAUGGAGAGAGCUCAUCACAUAUUGAUGUAGAAUCUGGGGUACCCCAAGGCUCAGUCCUUGGGCCCUCGCUAUUCCUGUUUUACAUCAACGACAUGCCUGAUGGAAUUAAAUCUACUAUUCGCCUAUUUGCUGAUGACACCAUAGCCUACCUUACAAUAUCAAACGACAAAGAUUCCAACGACCUACAAAAAGAUCUAGAUAAACUGGCAAUAUGGGAAACAAAAUGGAAAAUGGCCUUCCACCCAGACAAGUGCAAUGUACUCACCAUCAGCAGGAAAAACAACACCAUUGCAACAUCAUACAAACUACAUGGUCACACUUUAGAACCUGUCAAAAGCGCAAAAUACCUGGGCUGCACAUUCACGUCAGAAAUGAAAUGGAAUGACCAUGUUCAUGCACAUUCACCAGAAAAAAGGCGUUUAUCCGAAUCCACGGAAAAUAUAUUAAAGGUAUUAGAACCCAUCAUUAACAUAAUUAAAUCAUAUUCUCGACCAACAGUGACACCAUUUAAGUUUAGACAUGGACGAAAAGGUGUAGUACGAAUAGCUAGUUGGAAUAUAGAAAGAUUUGAUGAAGAAAAAGCUAAUAAUCCAGGAGUAAAAGAAGUUGUCUGUAUGACAAUCCUGGAAAAUGGAUUUAGUUUAAUAGCAUUUCAAGAGCUGGCUGAUAAAAAGGCCCUGGAAAAGAUUUGUGAAGAACUGAAUAGUCCAUCAUUAUCCUGUACAAAGAAUUGGCCAGGACAUCGUGGCAAGUGGCAGUAUGUAGUAUCAGAUGCUACUGGGAGGAUGUACCAAAGUAUGGCGUACAAUGGCUUUUUAUACGACACCGCAAGGGGGAUAACAUUAAAUCAUUCAGAGUUGCUAGAAAAACCAAAUGACUCACCUAAACCAUUUACUAGGGCACCAUUUAUUGGAACGUUUAAGAUAAAAAAAUUUGAUUUUAUAAUAGCGAGUGUACAUCUAAAAGCUACUGGUUUAGAUAAUGAAGACUUAGAAAGGCUUCAGAAGGAGAUAGAUAAAGUACCUGAAGUGAUAGAUGCCAUAGAAAAACAAUACCCAGGAGAGGAGGAUAUCCUUAUGUUAGGAGAUUUCAAUUUAGACCCAAAAAUGGAAGACUUUGAUAUUAUGAGAGAGAAAGGAUAUAGUAAUUGUGUUCCAGUUAGUGAGUUUACGAACAUCAGCAAUAGCAAUCUUGAAGGUAGCCAGAUUUAUGAUCAUAUAUGGAUAAGUAGCAGAACAAAUAAGGCAUUUUCAGGUAAUUCAGGUGUUAUUAGAGAAAAUCUGACAAGUCCAUUGAUACCCAACGGAUGGUCGUGGGGAGGUGUUGUCGGUGACCACUGUCCAGUUUGGACAGAGCUAUACACAGGGAAAGACUAUGACUCGGCAGAUCUGAGAAUGAUUCCGGAUACAAGUUUUACCCUAACUGGUUGA